UAUAUGGAUAAUCAAAUUAUGUUCAAAAUCAAUUCAAAAUGUAAUACAACAAUGACAAAACCUUGCACAUUACAAAUGAUCUCUAUAUAUUUUGGAGCUAAAUUUUUUGAAGGAUUACCUGCAGAUGUGUAACUUUUAAAGUUGAAAGCCAAACAGAUGUAUAGAUAAUAAAAGCCAAGCAGAGUUGGACGUAGUUAAUAUUUGGGUAGUGUUUGAACCCCAAACACUUCAGCCUACUUACAGAGUAGGCUGAAUUUUUUUUAAAAAAAAUCCUUCCUUUAAGGCAACCGAUUCCCUACUGUAGCCAAGGAAAGCAUAGGUGUCCAUAAAGUCCCUAAAAAUUGUCUUGACUUUACUUGUCCAUGUUUGGACUUUUCCAUGUUUGAAAAUCCUAGUCAAUUUUUUAAAAAAUAUUUUAUUGUUUUCUUUACAAUAACAAUCUCCAGUGCCUGGUGUACAGUGUAUUGUCUUGGUUUAUAUAUUUGAAAAAAAAAAACCAAUAAUAAUUAAUUCAGUCAAUAAUGAUUAAUUUUGAUAAUUCCAUAAUUAGUAUAUUAAUUAAUAAUAUAUUUCUUUGAUCUUUCCUUUUCCCAAUUGUAUUCUUUUUCUUCAACCUUAAAUAGAUAUAAUUCUUAAUAUUUGCAAAGUAUAAAUUAUUAAAUAUAAACAUUUUUUCAUGUUUGUACUGUAUUUCUUACCUGUCUUAUAGCAGCUACGUAUAACAUCCUUUCUGAACAGCUUAUAUGUCACUUGUUUUUAUAAAAAUUACAUCAUCUCAAUAUUUUUACAUUUCAUAUAUUGUAAAACAUACUAUACUACUUAAAUCUCUUAUUCCUCUUAUUGUAGGGUCCCUUUAUGUUCAAAGUUCUCUAUUCUUUUAACCAUAUUCAAACAAGUGUUUGCUCAUGUAAUACUCCAUCUGGCAGGGCGAGUCUAAUCUUUUGAAUCUGUCUCUAGCCUUCUUCUUUUGCCGAGUAGCUUUCCAAGUUGAUAUAUUUUGCUAACCUUCAGUUUUUGUAAGUUUUGUUGAGAGUAAAGAAGAUAGAAUAGGUAAAAUAUAUACUUUCUGUCUCCCAAACUCUGAUGAUUCACCUGGAAAUUCUAUAGUCCAUUCCAUUGUUGUUGUUAUGUCAAAGUCUUAUACAUUUUUUUGUAUUUGUAUUAAAUUGUUUGUAGCUUUGUUGAUUUGAUCAUGUUCUUCUAUUAUCUAUUAUCAUGUGUUCUAUUAUCUGAUUUGUUUAUUCAUUCACUUUGUUCGUUCAGUCAUUUUCUGGGUGCUUUUUGAUUGUAGCUUUAAAUUAGAUGUGCUUAUUUAUGUCGUCAAAGUUGUUUCUGAUUUCCUUAUGGUUUAAAGCUAUUGUCAUUUGUACCUGUUGUAACAUUAUGUACAUUUCCUCCUGGAAAGUAUUUGUCUUGCCUGGAAAUAUUGCUUCUGGAGGUCUUUGAUGUUCCAGGCUAGAUCUUUCAGGGGUAAAUAUUGAGUGUGGUGUCCUGUCAUUUUUUGAUAAGUGUAUUAUAUCCAUGUUGUCUCCCCCCUUCAAAUAGUCUUUCAUCAAUAUUUUAGUCUCUGAAUUAGUUAUCCAACUUAUCAGUCUCAGAGUUGCACAACCCAAUCUCAUAUAGCUCUUAUCUUUAUAUAUGGUUUUUGUAGUUCAAUAUAUUUCCAAUUAUUAAGGCCUCAGUGAAAGCAGUAUUUUGUAACAGGUUUUUUUCUUCAGGGGUCAAUUAUCAAUCUGUCAGAGUUGCAAUUCAGUAUGUUUAGCCACCUUAAGUCCUUCCUGCAAUUUUUCCUCUAAAAGAUUAUCCAAGAGCUGAAGUUUUUCUUUUUUUGUAAACAAUUCUUAAGUUUAGACAACAGUCCAUGUAUUUUUCUUUCAGACACUUUUUAAUCUUAUUUGUUUAAACAAAGCUCUUUUUUUGUUCCCAGCUGUCUUCUUGAAGGUUAUUAAAGUUCAAGGGAACAGAUUAUUCUUUGUUUCUAGGCACCUUGCCAAUUUCUCAGUCAUUUAUUGUUAAUGUUCUGUGCUCUGGUUCUCUACUAGGUGUCAGUAGUUGUUAUUUUCCAGUUUUUUUCAGACAAUAGUUAUUAUUGUUAUAUAUUUUUUUUAUAAUUUCAUUGAAGCCCUUUAAGGUAUAGUCUUAAUAGUUUUAUUAGUUUCUAGAUUUAUCCAAACUGUAGUAUUUAAAAUUUAAUUUCAAUAUAUUUCUUUCUCCCUUAGUAUUAAUUCGUGGCUCCCGUCUAUGAGGGAGUGGGGGUGAAGUCCCCUCCCUUCACUUUUGGAGGUUUUCUUGCUUUGGGGGUCUUUCCGAAGGAUUCAGUUAAAAGGUAGAAGAAAGAAGAUUGAUACUCUCACAGUUCCAAGCAUGCUGUUCACCGAUGUUCUGGUUCGUGCUCUUGGACUUCAGCUGCAAGUAGCUUGGGCUAGACACUGAUGUACAGCUAAGGUUCUUGGACUUUGGAUGGAUUGGAUUUUUUUUCUCUCCUUUUGGUGCUGCCUGAUUUCACAUGUUGAAGGCAUCCCAUUCACUGGCAGCCUCAGAUUACGGUAUCACCUCUGAAGUCAAGGAAGCGUUGGGCUACUUUUGCUUUGGCAUCAAGACUGAAUACAGUAAAGAGGUACUAUUUCCACCAUGGACAGCCUUGUUGAAGCAAACAACAGAUUUUCUAUGGACUUCUUUAAAAGCAUGGAAGAAGAGCGAUCCAAUAGAAUCACCUUUUUCUCUCCAUUUAGUUUCGUAGAAGCUUUAGCUAUGGUCCUAUUUGGUGCUAGGGGUAACACUGCUCUUGAAAUAGAAAAGGUCCUUCAUUUUGAUAAAAUCACAGGAUCCAGGAUGUCUACAAACGGGCUUGCUCAGUGUGACAAACCUGGUGGACUUCACAACCAGUUCAAGGAACUCCUAUCAGCCAUUAACCAACCUGCUAAAAACUAUACAUUGAGCAUAGCCAACCGGCUGUAUGGAUCGGACAUUUAUGAAUUUCUCCAGCAAUUCACAGAGUGCACUAAAGAGCUUUAUCAUGCAGAAUUAGAAAGAGUUGAUUUUGUGAAUGUUGAGGAAACUAGAAAGAAAAUUAAUUCCUGGGUUGAAAGCCAAACAAAUGGUAAAAUCAAGGAACUGUUUGCUCCUCACUCGAUUGGCAAAAACACUGCAAUGAUCUUGGUAAAUGCUAUAUAUUUCAAAGGAAAGUGGAAGUGUCAGUUUAACUCCAAGGAGACACAUGAAGCAGACUUUUGGACUAGUAAGGAGCAGAGCAAAAAAGUGCAAAUGAUGGCUCAAACGGGCAGAUUUAACUAUGCUAAAAUAACAAACCCACCGAUGGAAGUGCUUGAGUUUCCCUAUGAUAAGGGAAUCCUAAGCAUGUACAUAUUUCUACCAGACAAGAAUGGGACUACACAAGAGAUUGUGAAGCAACUCAGUUAUGAAAAAUUUCAGGAAUGGACCAGUUCAACAAGCAUGCAGGUCACAAAGAUUACGAUUUUUCUGCCAAAAUUCAAGGUGGAAGAAGAAUAUGCGCUCAUUCCAACUUUAAAAAAGAUGGGAAUUAAGGAUGUGUUUAUUGCACACAAAGCUGAUUUAUCUGGCAUAUCUGAGAGUCCGGACCUGGUCGUAUCUGAGUUCCGUCAUAAAGCCUGUAUUGAAGUGAACGAAGAAGGUACCGAAGCAGCUGCUGCUACUGAUGUAGUUACAGUUCCUACAAGUGCACAAACUAUUCCUAAGUUUAAUGUGAAUCGCCCCAUAUUGUUUAUUAUAAAACAUAAUUCCACCAAGUGUAUUCUUUUUGCUGGCAAAUUUUUUUCACCAUAAAUAACAGGUGCUGCUACAUUAAAAAAUAUAUUUCCAUCUGUUGUAAGUGACCAAGACUUCUGCAUUCCAAAUUCCAUUCUCAACUUGGCUAACAAAUUAUUUCCUCUCUUAAGAAAGAGCAAAUUGUGAGAUACAGUUUUUAUUUGCCUGCUGAGGUAAAAAUCCCCUUUACAUUGACAUGUGUGUAGAAUCCAAAGAAUACAAAUCUGAAUGUUCCUUGUGACACAGAGCCCUUAACUAUAGGGAGCUUGACAUACAGGAAGCAAAGGAAACGGGGACAAGGGAGUUAGUGACUCCUAAAACCAACUCCCACAAAUUAAGCCUCAAGCAGAGAACCUUGGAACCUCUUUGAGUUUGAUAAUGUAUACUUUAAAAAAAAAUAGAAAUAUCCCAUAUAAAUUUUGAAAUCUCAUAAAGCAGGCCUGGAUCUCAUCAAUGUCCCAAUAAUUAAUUAGCUAAUAUUAAUAUGUGUACAAUAGAUCUGUGAUGGAAGAAAUGUGAGAUAUACAUUCUGUUCAAUAAAAACAGAAGAAACCAAUGGUUUCAAUUGAAGAGUGCAGUAAAACCCGCUAAUAACCUUGUUGUUGCUUCUGAAUGUAUUAGCUUCAGUGGAUGACUUGCUUAAGGCAUUUUCCGAUUUCUGAUUAUGAAAUUUAAACUUGAGUACACAGUAAGCUGCUUUGUCUUCCAUUCAUAACUAAAAAUCGAGUUAGUUUUAUUCUGAUUCUGCUCUCUGUCUAAGCUAAAUAUAUUUUGUGAUCUCUUGAGUGUAAAACUACAAUAAUAUCUGAAUAAACAUAUACAGUACAUGA